GGCAGAGGACCAGGAAGUGUUGUAGACUCCCUGCAGCAUAAGCUUGGGGACUAUGGACUGGUGAGGCCAAUGCUCACGGAUGCAGAAGGCCGCUUCCUCUCACACGGCGUCUCAUCUGGCCAGGUGAGUGGGGGGCAGUUCCGUAGGCGCUGGCGUAGAGAGGCGGGUUCGGCCAGUGACACCCAUGACCUGGGUGGGCAGGAGACGAGCGGCCACAGCAACAGCAACAGCGGCAACCAGGAGCGUCUCUACUACAACGUGACCAUCUUCGGCCGGGAGUUACACCUGCGUCUGAGACUCAACUCACGACUGGUGGCUCCCGGAGCCAAGAUGGAGUGGCAGAGCGACGAGAGGGAGGGGAAGGUGCAGGGCCAGGGCUCCCACACAAAGCCUCUGCACAUCAGCUGUCUCUACGUGGGAGACGUCGUCGGCUCGCGAGACGCUGCUGUGGCCAUAAGCAACUGUGACGGCCUGGCUGGAAUGAUCAGGACAGAGCACGAGGAGUUCUUUAUUGAGCCGCUGGAGAAAGGACAGCACAUCGUCCAGCAGGAGGAGGAAGGGGCUGGACGGGAGCACGUCGUGUAUCGCACGUCGGCCAUAAAGAAGCCUCAUGUUAGUCCACAAGCUGCCGACUAUCGCACCAGAGGUGCCGCUCUGGACGGUCUGAUGGACCUUGAGACGCUGUACCGCGGAGUGGAGCAGAAUGUGAACCAGAGCCGCAGGGCGCGCAGACAGGCUCAGGACGGAGACUACAACAUUGAGGUCAUGCUUGGAGUGGACAACUCUGUGGAGCAGUUCCAUGGCCAUGAGCACGUCCAGAUGUAUCUGCUCACGCUCAUGAAUAUUGUGAAUGAGAUUUACCAUGACGAUUCUCUUGGGGCCCAGAUCAACGUGGUUCUGGUCCGUAUCAUCAUGCUGGGGGCUGAGAAGUCUGCACAGCUGAUAGUAAAAGGCAACCCGUCCAUGAGUCUGCAGAAUGUGUGUCGCUGGGCGUUCCUGCAGCAGAAGAGCAGCACAGACGACACCCAGUACCACGACCACGCCAUCUUCCUCACACGCCAGGAGUUCGGCCCCACGGGCAUGCAGGGUUAUGCCCCAGUGACGGGGAUGUGUCACCCAGUGCGGAGCUGCACUCUCAACCAUGAAGACGGCUUCUCCUCCGCAUUUGUGGUGGCCCAUGAGACUGGACAUGUGCUGGGGAUGGAGCAUGAUGGCCAGGGAAACCGCUGUGGUGACGAGGUGCCGUUGGGCAGCAUCAUGGCCCCUCUGGUGCAGGCCGCCUUCCACCGCUUCCAGUGGUCCCGCUGCAGCAAACACGAGCUGAACCGCUACCUGCACUCGUAUGACUGUCUCCGUGACGACCCAUUCAACCAUGAGUGGCCAUCGAUCCCAUCCCUGCCUGGUUUACAUUACUCCAUGAACAACCAGUGCCGCUUUGAUUUUGGUGCCGGCUACAUGAUGUGCACAGCGUACCGCCCAUUUGACCCAUGCAAACAACUGUGGUGCAGUCAUCCCGACAACCCUUUCUUCUGCAAAACCAAAAAAGGCCCACCCAUCGAUGGGACAAUGUGUGGAGAUGGCUUGCACUGUUUUAAAGGCCACUGCGUGAGGCUGAGCCCUGACCUCAUCAGGCAGGAUGGCCACUGGAGCUCCUGGAGUCCGUGGGGCCAGUGCUCGCGCUCCUGUGGGGGAGGGGUGCGCUUCCGCACGCGCGGCUGCAACAACCCGCACCCUGCCAACGGAGGCCGCACGUGCGAGGGCCCUACGUACCAGUUUGAGCUGUGCAAGCGUGACGAGUGUGACGGGCCCUACCAGGACUUCAGGGAGAAGCAGUGCCUCAUGUGGGCCUACACCCUCGACGAGCAGAAUGCCAAGCACCACUGGUUGCCUUACGAGCACAGAGACCCUAAGCAGCGCUGCCAGUUGUUCUGCCAGUCCAAGGAGACGCGCGCGGUGGUCAGUAUGAAGCCCAUGGUGGAGGACGGCACGCGCUGCUCCUACAAAGACCCCUACAGCGUGUGUGUGCGCGGCAGCUGUGAGAAAGUGGGCUGUGAUGGAGUGAUUGGCUCCAUGCAACAAGAGGACAACUGUGGAGUCUGUGGGGGUGACAACUCCAGCUGCCAUGUCAAAAAGGACAACGUCACACGCUACCCCAUCAAAACAGGUUACCUGAGAGUACUUGAAAUCCCACGUGGGGCCCGACAUCUACUCAUCCAGAUCCCAAAGGGAGCCCCACAUGCCUUAGUGGUGAAGAACAAGGCAAAUAGCCUGUUCUUCCUGAAUGCAGACAGGAAAUUCUCCGAGUUCACUUCUGUGAUUGAGAAGGGUGUGGAAUGGGAGUAUGAGACGGACAAAGACAAAGAGACCCUUCAGACGACCGGCCCUCUGAGACAUGACACAGUCAUUAUGAUUCAUACCAACGGUGAAUCCAAAAUCACGCUGUCCUACAAGUUCAUCAUCAAAAAUGCCAACGAGAACAACGAGAACAACAUCCCUCUGGAUGAUGGUGUUUCAUACAAGUGGAUAGUGGAAGGGUGGUCAACAUGCAGCAAGCCAUGUGGAAGAGGUCAGCAGCAUGCACUUUAUGCCUGUAUGAAGACCACGAACCAUGAGUCUGUGAAGGUGGAGCGCCCCUGUGGUGACAUGAAGAAACCAGCAUCAGAGAGCAGAUACUGCAACAUGAAGGAGUGCCCACUGCCCAUCUGGGAUGUGGAGGCCUGGGGGCCGUGCACUGAGACCUGUGGCAAGCUGGGCUACAAGAUCAGGGUCGUCACCUGCAUGAAACUGCUGGAAGAUGGCACCAGGCGCAAGAUUCGCAACAGACACUGCAAUGACAACCGGCCUGAUUCUCGCCAGCCCUGUAACAGACACCCCUGUCCACACUGGAAAGUUGGACCCUGGUCUGAGUGCUCGGUCACAUGCGGUAGUGGGAGUCAAGAGCGGCAUGUGCAGUGUCGCAACCGUGCCACCACCAUCACUGGGUCAUGCCUUGAGGACAGCAAGCCUGCAACAGUGCAGACGUGCCUGAUGUCUCCCUGUCAAAGUAAUUUCUUGAUCCAGUGGCUGUCCAAGCCUAACACUCGCGACCCUGCCCCAAAGAUUUCCUCAAGGCAAAAGUGCCAGAAAGACAGGUCAGUGUUUUGCCGUAUGGAGGUUCUGCGACAGUACUGCAACCUGCCUGGAUACCAGCGCUUGUGCUGCAAGUCUUGCGCCGCCAACACCACAACUUCUGAUCGCUCUAAAUCAAGCACACAUUCAAGUCAUACCACACAGCACACAACUACCACCACCACCACCACAGUCCAGUCAACUCACAGCUAUAGCACAACCCCUUUUAUCACAAGCCAGACUCCUGCCACGUUUACUAGAGCAGCUGAUAAACAUAAUACCACUCCCAGCACAUCAUUCACUGUCCCCAGCAACCUCUCCACUCAUACAACUGCUCCCCUCGCUCAGACAAGUGCUCCCCAUGUCAUCUCAGCCAGUAAUGGUACGUCAGAGAACAGCAGAACUGAAUACAGGGAAAAUCUGGUGACUGCCACUACCUGGCUUGAUUAUACUCCAACAGAGGGUCCAACAGACGUAAUAGAUGACUCUUUGAUAACCAGCAGUCCAGUCACAGUUGAUGAUUCCACACUCAGAAUCACUGUCAGUGAAGAUGACGCCAAAGAUUUGACCACAUCUGGUUGGCUAGAAGUCACCGAUCACUUACUUGAGAGUGUGACCACUCCAUCAACAUCUGCAGACUACAACAAACAGGAGACUGAGGCAUCAACAAUGACGACAACAACAGUGAUGAUGACAACAACAACACCAGCAAUGAUGACAACAACUAGCAUAACAAUGAGGACAACAACCACUUCACCAGUGACAUCCAUCAGCUCAACUAGCACGCUAGCCACACAGCCUGAGGUGACAAGUGAAGGUAACGCCAUCAAUAUUCCCUUCCGGAUCAUCGGGGUAGACAGUGACGUCCCCCUGAAUAAUGUCAUCUCCAGUCGUGGCCGCAUCUUCCUACGAGAACGAACAAGGAACAAGCGCAUCCAGGAACUCCUUGAUGAGAAACGGAACUUUCUCCUGCGCCUGAAACGAGAACAGGCUGCCUGAUGUCCAAAUAUGGUUAUCUGUCAACAGAACACUGCACAUAUCUUUCCCCAGAUUGAAGUUAUUGAUUUAAUCCCACUGCUGCUCUUGGUACUCCAUCAAGACUAUACAAAUAUGGUACUUGUGCUUCCUCAGCCCCUAACAGUGUAGAGGAUGGCAAACUGAACUUUGUGGAAUAAAGAAACCACUGGCAGAUGUUUGCACAGUUGCUUUGAAUGGAAAAAGCUUCACCUAAGACAUUUGUUCCAGCUUUAACAUUCAAAACAAUUUUCUUUAGAUGUUCUAUAUAUUGGCGAUAUCCUUCUAAUGAGAAAGAAAAAUCUCUGUUUAGUCCCUGUUUCAAAUAUCCAAACAGGUUGAGGCACAUAAUGUUCACUGUAUCUCUAAGUACAGUCCGUUAAAUUUCAUUCCAAUCGGUUUUAUUUAUUUAUUUUGAACCAUUAACAAAAAAAAGAGUGUGUAGCACAUUACAGAGCCCAAGACCAUUAAGUCAUUCAACUUAGGUUGACUGUAGCUUUCCAAAUGAAAUUUCACAAUUGCAGCUUAUCACAAAAUAUAGUUAGGGCCUAUGCUUAGAGAUAGUGUCGCCAUAGACUGCAGUUUUGCUAUAUUUUGUUGUUUCUUGCUGUACAGAUACAUGCCAGCAAAGUGAAAUUCUCUGUCCCAUUAAUACCAGUUAGAAGCAGGUGAUGGUGACAUAGUUGAGCAGGUUGGGUGGGAAGAGUUGGGGUUUAAUCCAACAAAUGAGUGAAUUUCAGUUAAUCAGGUUGGAAAAUUGCAGAACCAUGGCGCUCAAUUGGUUAAAGAUAGAGUUAGUGAUAUUCUAAAGAGAUUAUUUUGGACUCAACAGCCCAAAGAUACAGUAGAUCCUUCCCCUCAGUGCCCCAUAGGUUUAGAGGUGUUUCUGAUUGGCUGCAAUGAGGGGGCACACUGUGUUUGAUUUCAGUUUACAGAGCCAGGGCUGUGUAGGAAAAACAAUAUUUUUUUUUUCAAAUACAAAAAAAGUGUAUUGUCUUGUAAUCUAUUACUUGAUUGAUUUGAUAUGGGGUUGUUGUUCCUCCUUAAUCCAAACAACACAACACGCCCACAUAGAGAGAAGAAAGCUUGGCCUGCAUGUAUCUGUACUGUUUGUUCUGUGCGCCCAGUCAUAGCUCUAGUUCCCACAAGUCUGGGGACACUGGACAUGCAUUGGCCAAUUUCACUUUCUUUCUUUCUUUUUUUUUCUUUUUUUUUUUUUAAAUAUGAAAUGCUCGAGCUGUCUCACUGCAACUACAGCUCUUUGGGACUAAUUGCCAACAGUGAUUACAUAGCCUAUAUAAACUAUUUUAUUGAUUAAUGUGAAGUGUAAUGAUCUCCAGGUCUGUGGCCGAUCAGCAUAAUUGUGGUCCUCACAUUUCACUGAAUCAAACUGUUGAGGCCCUCAUUGAGUAAACAAACUGUUCAAACAAGCCAAAUUGUCUCUGGAUAGAAAAAGGAAAGUGUCUGGAUUCAGACUGGUGAGUGAGAUAUUGGUAUGAAAACAAAUGUUUAUCUAGCAACCUUUUUUAUGGAUCUUUUAUUUUUUGGCAAACUUUUUGUGUGCAAUGUUUUAAUGUACCUGUACAUGCAUGCCACACUGAUAGGUGUCUUAGAUGUCCUACAGUAUUUAUGAAAUAUCCAUGUGUGGCAAGGUAAUGCUAAUCAACCUUAGCUACAUCAAUUUGACCUCAGAUAGAAAAUAUAUGACAAAUUGGUCUACCUAGAAAGAGAUACUAAAUAAAUAUCAUUAUUUUCUGAUAUGAGACUGAAAUAUUCCAUAUAAAAUCAGGGUUUGUGUAAAAAAUAUUACAGAGUCAUACUCUAAUGUUUGAGUAGGGAUUCAUAGCUUUAGGCUGAAGGUGUCAAUCUCUGAUUGGCAUCAUCAAGGGUUUUCUAUGAUCACUGUUGUUAUGUAGCUACUUGAGGGAUUUCCAUCAAUCCAGUGCAGUGUUGGAGGAAAGAAAACACAAAAUGUCCAAAUCACUCACAUCUUUUGAUUCCCUUUCUGGCACAAUUGAGUUCCAGGAAAUGCUGGUGCUAUCUUUAUUGUGUACGGUCAGAUGCUUAAAAAUGUGUGCUGACUGGACAUUGCUACUUUGGCUGCUCUGUGAUCUUAAGACACUUUGUGGGAUAUAAAAAAGCAAUUUGCCUUUAUUCAGGGAAAUGGGAAAUGCCACGGUCUAACAUUUAUACAAUGUUUUGUUGUGUGGAAAACAAAACAGCCUGUUUGUCUUUGUUAAUUAAUUUGCACCUUAUUGAUAAUAAUGUGCCCAAUAUAUAGAAAAAGGAUGAGGCUAAACUAAUUAUGUAUGUAUCUUUAUAUUUGGUGGCAUUAUAUUUUUUAUUUUUUAUUGUUUUCCAUAUUGUAAAUAUUUUCAAAGCAGGAAAAAAAUCUUCAAAUAAAAAAAAUAUUUUACUCUUUGCAUCUCAUAGAGGCUUUAAAGAGCAAUUAUUUCAGCCUUAUAAAUGGAUGUUUGCCAUGGUUGCAAAACCACAAUGUGUUGUACAGUAUGGAGUAUAUGUACAUAUGGUUGAAAAUUGAGUAUUUAUUAAAGUUUAC